UGCUUUUCGAGCCGACCACGACCAACGACGACCAGUCGUCUCGAGAUCCCGAUCCGCGUCUUCCGACCGACCAAGUCCCGAGUCGCGCGCUCCCCAGUCGCCCGACCGCACCGCCCGCCGACUCGAGUGCCGACCGCGUCCGUACCCGCAUCGCGCAUCGCUCCUCGUGCUCGCUCCCCGUCUCGACAGGUGGUGCUGUUUCCUAGACGUGUGUGGGUUUUCCGGCGAGUCGACUCGAAUCCAGCGGGCGCCUCCGGGCCGGGAGCCAUGUCAUUGUGAGCUUUCCCGUUUUCCUGCCGCGGCCAAGUUGGACGAGCGUGAGGACUGAGGAUGACGCCGCGGGCGAGCGUUUCGGAGCGGGUCCGCCGCGAGUUCAACAUGAGCAGCGAGGGCGUCCGGCGGGACGUCGAGCACCUCAAGUCCUGGCUCAGGGCCCAGCCCCACCUCCCGCCCCUCACAGGAGUGAACGAAGACAUCUGGUUGGAGAACUACUUGAUACUCAACAAAAACCGAGUGGAAAGAGCCUGCAAGAACUUGGAGCUUUACUUCAAAUGCAGAUCCGAGCUAUCAGAGCUUUUCACCGACAGGGACCCUCACGCGGAUGAUGUGCAGAAAAGUUUCAAGUCAACGUGCUUGGCGACGGUGCCAGAGCUGAACGAGAAGGGCGAGCGGGUGUUCAUCUACGCGCACUUCACUUCGCGGGUCUCGGCGUUCGAGGUGAUCCCGCUCGGGAAGCGGCUCUUCGCCAUGAUCGACAUCUACCUCAAGGAGGGCAUCGACCGCACCGGCUCCAUCAUCAUCUGCGACCUCCACAACACCCGCCUCGGACACCUCACCCGCUACCCCCUCAAGCUCAUGAAGAGGGCCUUCGAGUACGGCUGGACCGCGUAUCCCGAGCGAGUCCGUCAAAUCCACAUAAUCAACCCACCACCUUACUUACAGGCCGUUUUGACUUUGUUCAGGCCUUUCCUCAAGGAGAAAAUCAAAAACAGGAUCAAGGUUCACAGCAAGCUGAGUAGCCUACACCAAAUGGUGCCGAAAUCUCAACUACCCUCUGAUUACGGAGGAGAAUGCGCAUCACUGAAAGAGCUGAACGACGACUGGAUCAAAAAGAUGACCGCUCACAGGGAAUGGCUAGCCAUCAGCGGGACGCAGCACAAACCGAAAGAGCUGGAGAAAUCGGCCGCCGCAAAGAACACCAGCCGACACGAACCUACCGAAAACUUAGGAACCUCUUUCAAAGAUUUCAUCAUCGACUGAUUUUUUUAAGAAAAGGCGAAGAGAGGGAUCAUCGAUUUUCAAAAGAGAUUGCACACCCAAGACAUGAGUAAAGAGUCUGGAAAUUGGAAUUGGAGGACAGGAGUCGGGUUUGAAUGUCAUGUGACCAGUGGCGUGGCGUACUUUCCGAUAUAUCGAUGAAUCUGUCAAUUCAACCUAUGAAAAAGGAUCGAUAAACAGGGUGUUUGCGACAUUAUCGAUUCUUUGCCGUAGCUUCAAAUGGGGAAAAUCGAUUCAAAAUCGCAUGGUCAUUCACGCCUCGCUACUGCAUGAGACGCGAAAUGUUUCCAUUCAGAAAAAUCAAUCCAAUUAAAAAUAGAGGACCACCGGGCAUGGAUGCAGGGUUGCAGAAACUUUUCCACUCUGCGAUUGGCAGGUCACAAAAAUAAGAUGGCUGAAACGAGGUUUAAAACGGGAAGGCUUCAAGAAGGGUUUUAUUGCUUGUAAAGUGGGAGGUCUUGUUUGCAUCAGCGUGCAAAUUCUACGUUAUCACUGAUGCCUCUGAUAUUUGUGAUUAGAAAGAGAGAAAAAAGGGGAAAAGUUGAGAAAAUAGGAGGUUCUCGAAAUAAAGAGUCAACUUUCUGCACCCCUGGAUUGAUGAAUUUACUGAUGCGCCAAUGUAUUUAAAAUAAGGUAUUAAUUUGUUUGACAUUCUGCAUCGGAAAGUUCCGAAUAAGCAUCUGUGUGCGAGAUACUGUUUAAGAUAUGAACUAAUCAUGAUCAUUAAAAUCGAGUAGAUUAAAAAAAAGUGGAACUGAUUUUGUUUUAGCUUCUCUUGUAAGUAGGUUAUGGAAGGGGACUGAAGUAAUUUGUGAAUUAAUGCUUUUGAAAUUUUGACUAAGUUAAAAACUGAUAAAAUAAAGAAGGCGAUUGAAAAUUGAGUCACCA